AUGAAUGGCAUAUCUUUGUGUAAAAUAAAUGAACAAAUAAGACCCAUACUAUGGAGGAAUAACUCAUAUAUAUUAAACUCGUUCAGCAAUUAUUCAAUGGCUCUGAGCUGUUUAACUAAAAGAUUUUCUUCAACAUAUAAAAUAAAUAAAACAUUGUCAGCUAAAAACGACAAAAAAGAUAUUUAUAAAUACUACAAUGAAAAGUUAAGAGAAGACAUAAGACCCUACAAAUUAAUAUCAAGUCUACCUACAUUAAAUCAUUAUGUGAACCCAUUGGAUAUGACAAAAUUUGCAGUAAAAUAUAUUUUAAGUUAUCGUUUUUUUUUUAUAUAUAUGGCUAGAACGACAUUUCAGGCAGUGAGACCACUUAUGGCGUUUUGCGUAUUCGGAGAAUUAAUGAAAUUAAUAUUGGCUACCAUGACUAGUGGUGUAUUUGCUUUUUUCUUUUCCUUUGUCUUAGCAUUUGAAGUAUUGUAUUUUUUCUUACAAUGUUAUAUAUCUUAUACCUUUUUAACAAUGUUUUUUGAUGUUAUGUUUUAA